GAUAUACUCUUGCACUUGGAUUUGCUCGAGCAAACGGUCCAACUUCUAUCCACUAUUACCAACUUCGUAAUAGACCCUGAUGACUUAAAAGCUUGGGAAAAUCUAAAGAAUACUUUCAUUGAAAUAGAGCAAGAAUUUAAUAAUAUUUUUGAUCGUGAAGCUACAAAUACUCAUACUACUGUACCGUGUAUACUGUCAUUGUCAACUAUAYAUGACAAUCAACCUGGUAGGCCUGCCUUCUUCAUUCCAAAGGAUAUUUUAGAAGAGUUGAGGGGCCGUAGUUUCUCUUGGAAAAAAAUUUCAGAGAUGUUCCAAGUAUCAAGAUGGACAAUUAUGCGAAGGGUACAAGACUACGGGUUGCUAAAUUUGAAAAGUUUUUCUGAGAUCUCUGAUGAGAGAAUUGACAAUAUAAUAAAGGAAUACAUUGCUCACCACGGUACCACAACAGGAGCAACAUUCAUAACAGGACAUUUCCGGUCUCUGGGGUURCAUAUCCAAAGAAGACGCAUUAGAGCAUCUAUCAACAGAGUUGACCCACGCAACACAGCUCUUCGCUGGGGGCUUUAGUCUCAAGGAGAAAAUAUUGUGUUCCCU